AGAAUAAAUCUGUUAAUGACUGCUAGAGCUAUGUAGCACCUAAUUUAUUGAACCGCUUUACACACUAGACUGUUAGUACUGUUAGACUUAUUUUUAUACAUUUUCUAUUAUUGGUAUCUAAUUUAAACUUUACUGCUAACAACAUGGGAAGAUACAGAUCAGACGAUAGUGAUGAUGAUGAUAAAAAAAUGAAGAAGAAGAAAAAGAGAAGGGCCAGGUCAAGGUACACAUUUUGAUGUAAAAGUUAUAACUCCACUCUUAAAAUCCUGUCAACUGAUGUCAACUCAAACUGACCACUGGGUCAACUCAAGUCAACUGUACUUUCAUUCAUAAUCAUAUCGUCAAUGAGCAAUGUCAACUCAAACUCUGAAACUGUCUCACUGUCUGAUUCUGUCUCAAUACAUGAUUUGUCUGACUUUGUCAAGAGUCUUAAUCAGAGUGGUGUCGUUUCACAUAAUUGCAGUAUGAGUAUGCUUAUCAAUGACACUAUGACAAAAUGACAUUGAUUAGAUUGAUCAUGACUUAUGCUUGAAUGACACAUUACCACUCUGACUUUGUGUAAAAUAAUAAUUAUAAUGUAUAAUUAAUAAUAGCCUAAAUGUAAAAAUCUAAAAUAAAUUAUUUAUUGAUGGUAAAUAUUAUUAAUACUAGUCUUUUAAAUACAAGGCCUAGCGGCCUAGUAUUAUUUUGCUAUGGCAUGGCAUGGGCUAUUUAAUUAUGACGACCACUCCACCCCUUCUUUUUUUUAAAUAUAAAGGUUUGCUAUUGAAUGAAGUGAAUGCCUGAAUGUAUAUCUACUGAAGAAUUAGCACUCAUAAUAUUAAUAACUAGGCCUAAUAAGUCUUCAUUUACUUCUUCUAAAACUAUUUGAAUUAAUAAUAUAGAAUUUAAGAUGUUCAAUGAAAUUUCAAUAAAUUCAUUUUGAAAUUGACAGAUCAAGUUCUGAUAGUGAUACCAGUCAUAUGUCUAGCAGCAAAAGCAAAAAGUCAAAAAAGAAACACAGAAGAUCAUCUCGUAGUCGAACUCCAGAAAAGAGAAGGGGUCCAGAAUCACGAUCAUCUCGGAGGACCCGGUAAAUUCACAGUUACUUCUAUCAUUUUCUUUUGUGUUCUUAUUAUUCUUUCCAAAAGAAAUUGCAAUAUUUAUAUUUGAGUUUUCCUACCAGCCAAUUUUUAAAAUUAAAAGCUUUAAUUUAUCUUAAAAAUGUUCCUUCAUCCUUUUGCAUUUACAAUAAUUUUUAGUUUUUCCAAAACAUCUGACCGUAAUGAAAGAAAAAUAUCAGGUGAAUAUAAGUAAUUUUCUUUCUUUAGUGUCAGUUAAUCCUAAUUGACACAUUCAGUUGAUGUUUGAAACUGUCUAAACUUUAAUGUUUCAGGUCAAGGUCGAACAGUUUGGACAAAUAUAUCAGCAAACGGGGUCGUUCUAGGUAAUCAGGACUCUGGAAUAUAUUUUCUUUUUGUUGCUACUUCUUCCUUCUUUUAUUUUGUACAUCAUUGAUUUUAUUUGUUUCUACUUCUCCUUGUAUUUUAUACCGCAUUGAAUUUUCUUGUCCAUCAGAUCAACUAGCCUUGAUAACUACAUUAGCAGGAGACCUCGCUCUCCUGAACGGCGGAGCGCACGUAAGUCAAGGUCACCACCACCCCGUCGAGCCAGAUCAAGAUCCAGGUCACACACAUCCCGAAGGAGACGGUCCAGGUCCAAUUCAAGAGGUCGUCGAUCCAAGUCCCCAGUGAGGCGGUCCAAGUCCCCAGUCAGACGUAGAUCUUACUCCAGAGAGAGAAGGUCGAGGUCACAUGACAGAGAGAACUCACAGAGGUGCGUGUUGUUAUUUAUUUGACAAUUUCAGUUUUAUAUCACAAUUUAGUUAAAUAGUUUAUUGCAAUUAUGUUUAUGAAUUAUGUUUGAAUGGAUAAGAAUAUCGAUAUAUUACUUCCGGUUUUUGAUUCGCUUACUAGAUAGUUCAGAAAUCUCUAUACUUACGCAUAAUCAGGAGUUUUUCUCACAAAUUUUUAUUGAUUGAUAAUUAAUUUCUAAAUGUCACUAUGUGGAACGCUGUGCGUCGACAAGUCAAGCCACAAAAGUGUUUCUUUGUUUUGAGUAGAUUUUAACUUGAAAGAGAUGUCCUGCCUCCAUUAUUCAUCUACUAGACUGCGCUAUCUGCGUAACCUUCUAGCUGAUAGCUAUCUCCUUAGUAGUGAAAUUCUUGCACGAUGUAGAACACUUCAAUUAAUAAAAAAGAAAACUGCAAGAAGUUUUCGCGGGGGAAAAAGGAAGAUGAGAUCUCGUCACUCAGCUCCUUCCACCUCAACACCUGACCAUAUGCAUCAACCCACUUCUCCCCAGUUUGCCCUCAAAGAUACAAUGAAAGUAAAUUGGUCUUUUGAGACGCAGCAAUCGAUGCAUAUCCAUGUGGUGACAGAUGUGUUUGAACGCCUUCCUGUUCGUCCAAAGCGCGUACCAUGGGUCCCACUUGACUCCGGACGUAUUCGGCGCAGCAACGUCAUUGUCAUCAGCGGCCGCCAGAAGCUUCCAGACCAACUACGAGUAGGCCACUAUAACUGCCAAUCCGUGGGCUCAAAGUGCGGGGCGAAGCGAACAAAGAUAGUAGAGUUCGUAAAGGACGAAUUUGUUGACGUGCUGUUCCUGACGGAGACUUGGUUGAGGUCAACAGGGGAUGAUGCCAAGUGUGCUGACCUCACGCCACCGGGUUUCGAUAUUAAGUCCUUUCCGCGUGCUACGAGAGGUGGCGGCCUCGCUGUCAUUUAUCGUAGCCACCUCCCAGUGACUUUCACCUCCACAUUCCCAUUCCAGCACACCUCUCUAGAACUUGUUCAGUUCACCCUCAACAUGCCCCACACUGUCAACAUGUUAUGCUUGUACCGCACUCCGCCCAGUAAGAAGAACAAGCUCCUAAACUCCACCUUCCUCUCUGAGCUCCCUGACCUACUUGACUACUGCAACCUGCUCCGUGGAACAAGUGUGAUCGUGGGCGACCUUAACGUUCACUAUGACGUCCCUACUGAUCCCUUUACUAGCAAGGUACUAGACAUCCUCACAAGGUUUAGUCUUGUCCAGGGCAUUAAGCAGCACCACCUACUAUCGCAGCGGCCACAUCAUCGACUGGGUGGUGUACCAUGAUGACGACAACUUGGUGGACAGCUGUACUGUGAGUCAUAUGCUCUCCUCUGACCAUGCAGCGGUGCUCACUACACUCAAUGUAGUUCCCCCAAAGAACCCACCUGUCUACAGGACCGUGCGUGAUAUAAAUGCUAUAGACAGAGCAGCCUUCAAAGCCGGCAUUAAGACAAUGCUUCAAGGGCUAGGUGCUGAGCUCAGUGCUCAGCAUCUGGACGAUGGCCUCCGAGCACUUUUGGACGAGCACGCCCCUCCCAUGGCGCGACGUGUCCCGACUGGUCGCUCGUCGCCAUGGUAUGCAGGCGUUAGUGACCAACUCCGUCUGGCAAAACUCGUGCGAAGACGCGCUGAAAGACGCUGGGUAAAGACUGGACUGAGUGUCGACAGACAGAUCUUUUGGACAGCGAAAGAUGCGGUGGCAGAGAUUGUACAGAGGGCAAAGGAUGACUACUGGAGCUCAAAGGUCGAAUCAUGUGCAUCAACCAAGGCGUUGUUCAGCGCUAGUAACCGUCUCCUUGGCAACAGCAAGAAUUUCACCCUCCCUACCGACAUUGCACCAGAGCAACUCCCUGACGCCUUUGCGGACUUUUUCAUCACCAGGGUGCAAAUGAUCAGGGAGGAGCUAGACAGCGCGACCCCUACACCUUCCUCACCGUUCUCGGAGGACGUUAGUCAGACAGAAUCAUUUGAUAGUUUUCUGCCUGUGACUGAGGAUGAGGUGAGGCGAGUCAUCAUCAGGUCUGCUCCCAAGUCUUGUGCCCUCGAUCCUAUCCCCGUCCCACUGCUUGUAGAAUGCCUUGACGUCCUCCUCCCAGCACUCACCUCCAUCAUAAAUUCUUCGAUUCUCUCUGGCAUAUUCCCUCCCAUUUUUAAACGGUCGAUUGUCCUGCCCCUCCUAAAGAAACCCUCACUUGAUCCAAACACACUCAAGAAUUACCGCCCCGUCAGCAACCUCUCCUUUCUCUCAAAAAUCAUAGAAAAACUCAUACUCUCUCAGCUCUCUGGCUAUCUUCAUUCUCGCAAUCUCUAUCCUUCCUCUCAGUCCGCCUACCGACUUGGUCAUAGCACAGAAACAGCACUGGUCCGAGUCAUGAGUGACCUCCUGCGCGCGAUGGACGAUGGCAAACUCUCUAUUCUCACUCUGUUAGAUCUCUCUGCUGCAUUUGAUACCAUUGACCACCAGAUUCUUCUUGACCGCCUUCAUCUUUCUUUCGGACUUACUGGCUCAGCUUUAAACUGGUUUCAAUCAUAUCUUUCUGACAGAACUCAAAAAGUCUCUAUUUCCAACCGCUCUUCCAAACCUUCAGCCCUGUCUAUUGGAGUUCCUCAAGGAUCGGUCCUUGGGCCGGUCCUUUUCAUCCUCUACACUAAACCUCUAUCAUCUCUCAUUAGCCACCACUCAGUUUCCAGUCAAUCCUUUGCUGAUGACACUCAAAUCAGUGACUCUUGCUUUCCUGAUCAACUUGAUGCCACAAUCCUUCGCAUACAGGAGUGCGUGGACGAUGUAAAGCGUUGGAUGACUUGCAACAAACUGAAGCUAAAUGAUGAUAAAACGGAAAUCCUUCUCAUCCACUCUCAAAACAAACCUCUCCCUCCAUCCGCUCCUUCUUCUAUAUCUAUUGGCAACUCUGACAUCACACUCUCUCCCUCUGCCAGAAACCUUGGAGUCACUCUUACGGACACCCUCUCCAUGGACAAACAUGUCACGAAUAUAUGCAGAUCAGCAUAUAACGAAAUUAGAAAAAUCAGCACCAUUAGACACCUCCUCUCCUUUGAUGCCACAAAAACUCUCGUCUCUUCACUCAUUCUUUCAAAAUUUGACUACUGUAACAUUCUUCUCUCAGGCAUUCCUCAACACCACAUAGAAAAACUUCAGAAGGCACAGAACUCAGCAUGCAGACUCAUUUUUAAAUCAAAGAAACAUGACCACAUUCAACCACACAUGCAGCAACUCCACUGGCUUCCAAUAUCCUCUCGCAUCAAAUACAAGUCUGCCAAUCUUUGCUUCAACUCGUUCACUGACCCUCACUUUCCUGUCUAUCUCUCUGAACUGUUGCUUCCUUACAUCCCCACAAGACAACUACGUUCUUCCAUUGACAGUAGAACACUCUCAAUCCCAAGAACUAAAACUAAGACCAUCGGUGAACGCUCCUUCUGCUUCCAUGGGCCCACGUUCUGGAACCAGCUCCCCUUCCCUAUACGUCAUAGUGAAACCUCGUCCAUUUUCAAAAAGUCCCUUAAAACUCAUCUGUUUAAGUCCGCCUAUGACCUGUGAUGCACCCUCCUCGCCCUACCUCAUUUUCUGUUUCGGGUUGAUCCUGAAGUGUCAAAGUGUCCUCGUUUUAUAGCCAUUUUCAUUGUUUCUUUAGUAUAGUAGUUACUAUCCUAGUGUCUCAUUGUAUUUACUUAGUUUACAUGUUUUAAUAAUUGUAAAGCGCUUAGAGCUUUAUGAUAAGCGCUAUAUAAAAAUGCCUAAAUAAAUAAAUAAAUAAAUUAAUUUUUUUAAUUUCUUGAAAAUGUAUUAGAUUUUGAAUCUUGAAAAAUGUUUAAAUCUUGCUCAUCUGCAUAUUUGACUUGUUAUUCAUCCACUGACAUUUAUUCUAUAUGUAGUUAAGUUUUGCAACUUUUUAAAAAGCAUAGCAUUUUUGUUUAAAAUCAUCAUGUAAGGUUAAGCUAUACAGCAGAACAAAAUUUUUUUUAUUCAGAAUGCUUUACAAGCAGACAAAGAAAAAUAAAACGAGAUAUAGAGUAAGUAAUGGGGUAAGAUAUAAAAGUAGACAAAUAAUUCCAGUAUGUCUGUAGAUAUAUGGGGCCAAAAGUAAACUCCUAAUGCCCACUUAACUUGAGCUAAUUAAUUGUUUCUGUCUUCCAGGUCAUCAGCUGAAGGCAAGAGAGGGAGAGAUUCCAGGGAAAGUCCAAAUGUCAAUGUCAAGGGGUAAAAAUAGACUUUUCAUAUGUCACUCAGUCAUAUGUGGUUAAUUUAAUAAAAAUAUUAUUGUUAAUACAUUAGAUGAAAUGUGAAGUAUUUGCUUGUAUUAUUUAUAUUUGUGAUAUUUGCUUGUAAUGAUUGUGUGAUAUGUGAUCUAUUUACUUGUAUGUUAUGUGAUGUAUCUGCUUGUACUGAAUCAUAUGAGAAGUUUGUAUAACACAAUAACUUUGUAUUCACAUUUGUUUUCUCCUUAGUCUGUCACUUGCUGACCAGUCCACAGGUUUUAGCAGCUUGGUAAGAAAAGAGUUCAUAUUGACAAGGCUUUCUCAGACAUAAAACAUUUGUAUGAAACAUGUAGCAACCUUAUGUGAUAUUUCUGUGUCAAUACGGUACUUAAGUUGGUAUUGUUCAGAAAUGAUUUAAUCAUUAUCCUGUUUUGCCCCGAGUCGGGCUUUGAUCUUCAAUGAUUUCUAUUUUGAUCUAUCUGUUUCCACCCACCAGGUUUUUCUUGAGAGGGUAACUACAAAAAGUAAUAAAGUAAUUUUAGAAUAACGAUAAAGUUUCACAGAAAUCAAUACAAACAGCUAAGUGAGUUUAGCCGCAGUGAUAAAAUCAAAUAAUCACCCUUCAAGUCAAUAUUUUAUUCAGAGAAGUGAUGUUUUACACCAUAUGAUGGCUGAUUUUUGUUCUUGAGCAAUACUAAUGCAAUGUUUUAGUUCAAAAAGUAUUUUCUGAAUCAGAAUGUUUAUCCAUAUGCUGAAGAUGAAUAUUUAUAAUGUAAAACAUUUCUAUUUAUUCAGAUCAAUGAAAGGAUCUAUUCUUAUAUAAUAUAUAUAUAUAUAUAUAUAUAUAUAUAUAUAUAUAUAUAUAUACUUAAUAACAGCUAUAAACUUGAGUUAAAUUCUCUGAUAUAUACGUAAUUACAAUACCAUUCUGAACACUAUAUAUAAUGUAAAACAUAUAUAUUUAUAUAUAUAAAAGAAAGAAUAUAUUUUUAUAUAAUAUAUAUAUAUAUAUAUAUAUAUAUAUAUAUAUAUAUAUAUAUAUAUACUUAAUAACAGCUAUAAACUUGAGUUAAAUUCUCUGAUAAAUACGUAAUUACAAUACCAUUCUGAACACAAUUGCUUUCUAGCACUAGCACCAUCAUUAAAGGGAAGAUUUUUCAACUUUUGUUUGGUUGACAUACAUGUUCGUGCAAGUGAUUUUUCUCUGCUAUAUGAUCUCAAUCUUAUCAAUCUCCCCAUUUCUCAUCCAGACACCAUCCAUGCAGGCUGAGGAAAGAAUGAGGCUUGCUCUCAAAGCUGCAGGUAUGAAUUAAUUGUUAUGUCUAGAAACUCAAUAACGGAUGAGCUAGGCUUUUCCUUGACUUUAAACUUUCAUAACUUCUUAUUGGUUGUAAGAAACACAGUGUCAUUUCUUCAGCGAACAUAAGCAGUACAAAUGUGCAGUGACUCUCAUAAAAGUUUUAGAUUACUUAGAACUUGUGCUAUGUCAAGUCCAAGAGAAAACUGAUUUGUUAUUGAGCUAAAAGGGAAUUUAGAUGGUUCAAUUGGUGUGGGUUAUUGAGUAAUGGGGUUAUGGAUUAACUCAUUCCUGGCACCUUUGAUGAAGACAUGCUAGAUAAUAAUAGAUGCGCCGUACUAAUGCACACAUAGAUUGAAAGUGAAACAAGAUAAAAAGUUUCCUAUUGAUUAAAUUUUAGUUUCCUAAAAUAACGCCAUCACGGGAAGUCGCAAGGGACACCAGAUUUCAUUGCUAUUUUUAAAUAAAUUUGAGAGAGGUAUGUUGCUACUCUUAGACACAUCCGCUGAAACCCACCAAGGGCGCAUUUAGUCAAAACCGCUGGGAAUGAGUUGAUGAUGAGCUUUGGUUUUGUUGUAGUUUUUUUUAAAUUUGAGUUUUCUCUUUAUUUUAUGUUUAAAUCUUUUCUAACUGAACUUUUUGACUGGGUCUGGACCAGAGGAUUCAGUAGGGCUGGUGUUAUCCAGUGCGGUAAACUUGUACUUGUAUUGUGACACCCCCACCUUUUUUUCUGGACCCCCCCCCCCCUCCUUGUCCUCAGUCCCCUCCUGGAACUGCACUGUAUAAUUCUCAAUCAGAUGACACAGAAUCAUUAACGGCAUUGUUCGUAGAAUUAACUCCUAAAGCACAAAAGACAUAAGAAGAAAGCAAAGAAUUUGAUGUAAUUGAAAAAUGCAUCAAAAUUACCUUUUAUUGAAACAUUAAUCUUAACAGUUAAAACUUUUCUUUCCUUGUCUUCAAAGAUGAAAACCUGUCAAUCAGUUCAUCAAAGUUAGCUUUCUUCACCUUAUCGUUUUCAAAUGACAAAAUUGCAAGACCAGAAAGACUUCAAAUAUUGACAAUUAUUUGCAAUUAAUUUAAAACUACAAUAAUUAAAGGAAAUUGUCAUAAGUUAAUGCCACUAGAUCAUGACCUGCUAAGAUUGUCACAAACUUAAGCUACAUGACUAAACUGCACUAGAUGCUCUAGCGGCACUCUGUUCUUGAGGGUACUCAUUUCUGGCGGCACCCUGCUCUUCUAUUUAAUUAUGUUAUGAUUUGAAUUCGCUCUCUUAAGUUUGAAAUUUCCAUUAAUUGGUCUCACCAGGGUUGCCAACCAUCUCAUCUAUAAAGAACUUAAGGAUGUAUGAAACAUUUAUUGAAGCUAGCUUUAAACUUUUCUACUCAUAAUGAAGAAAUAACUGGGGAGAAAGUCAUACAAUAAGCUAAUGCUUCAAAUAGGCUCAUGGUGAAAUGACAUAGACAUAGCAACAUACAUAUUUGAUAUUUAACAUAAUACAUAAUAAGAGUCAUAGAAAUAUAGUCAUAUGGAUGGUACUGGUACUUGAAUUUUUUUUCAUCAUAGUUUCAAGUAAGUUUCUACAAAAUAACUUUAGAAAUGAGAUCUCUUCAAAUUUUCUUGUCCAUAUUCAUUCUGGAAAUUUAGAAUGUUUCUUGUUAAAUUUUAUUUACCCUGUUGACUGUUGUCAACCUGGCUGUCACCUGGUGUGACCCGCACCUCACUAGUUAUGCCACUGGUCUGACUGACAAAAAAAACACAUAGCCCAUUUGCCUUGAUGUUGAUAUCAACUGGAACAGAAAAUCAAAGUAACUCCUAAUAAUGAGGGUUACUUUGUUCACAGUCAUGAAAAUAAAUUUGCUGCAAUAAUUUCUUCUUCUAUAUAUAAAGGGCCCAUGAUCAAUUUAUUUAUCAUUUUGGCUCCUAUACAUGUAGAGGGGAUUAGCAAUGUUUCUGUGCCUGGUGUUGAUGAGGAUAUUUCACUGGUUGCAAGUGCUACUUUGUGAGGGAAUCAUGCACUGGGGGUUGGAAGGCUUGAGGCAAUAGACGCAAAUGUGUCUAGUGUUGUUGCCUCAACUGUUCCUUUUGAAAGCUUGUUCCAGUCCCUGAUUGUCUUGGGCUGGAAUGAGCAGUUCCUAUACUGGCUUCUUGCUGGUAUGAGCCUGAAUUGCCUGUCAUGGCCUCGUCGCUGUCUAUGGGGGAGAGGGAAGAGUUUCUGUUUAAUACUGGAACAGUGGACCAGCCCUUUAUUUAUCUUGUACAUCAUGGAGAGCCUGGAUUAUCGUCGUCGUUCCUCCAAUGGUGACCAGCCUAAUGUUUCCAGCAUGCUGCCAACACUAGAGGUAUUCAGGUAGCGGUUCAGGACAAAGCGUGCUGCCCGUCGCUGGACCGCCUCCAACCUGUCAAUGCUCUUCUGGGUAAAUGGGUCCUAGACUGAAGAUGCAUAAUGUAAAACCGGACGGACUAAUAAUUUUCUACUUACCUUUAAUAUACUACAUAUUUAUUUAGCCAACCAAUUUAUUUUUAAUUGAUUGUAAAAUGACGACAAUGUCCUUCCACAACAACAAAGUUUUGUUUCCCUGUACAAUAAAAAAAAAAAUUUCUUAACGGAACAAAUGCUUUUAAAGAUGAAACAUGGGCGCCCCAUGGUUGAUUGUUCGAAAUGUGUUCCCUGACAGAGUUAUGAGAUGGGAGUUAUCCAUAGAUUACUGAUGCUGUUGUGGGGGUGUAAUUGUGGAGAGGGAUUUGUGUGUGGGGGGGGGGGCGAAGAGCGUGGGGUUUAAGUGUGGGGGGAGAGGGGGAUGAAAAAUCCAACUUCAAAUAAGAUGAAUUGUCUUCAAAAACAAAUUCUUGCUGUUGUGGGGGUGUAAUUGUGGAGAGGGAUUUGUGUGUGGGGGGGGGGGGCGAAGAGCGUGGGGUUUAAGUGUGGGGUGAGAGGGGGAUGAAAAAUCCAACUUCAAAUAAGAUGAAUUGUCUUCAAAAACAAAUUCUUAGUCAACAAAUUUUAUUAUCAUUUAAAAAGAGGAAGAGCAAUCUAGGUGGAGAAAUCGUCUUGUUAUAAAAUAAAAUGAUGUCUUUAUAUUAUAAAUAUACAAGCUAUUGGACAAAUCUGUUCUCUGAAUGCGCUGAAAACAAAUGCAAUGGAGCUACCAGAUAUAAAAUUUAUCAUAUUUUAUUAAAAAAAUAACCCCAUCUCAUUUGGUCGACAGCUGCAGCGGAUGAGAAGUUAAGGAUAAGAGAGACAACUGCUGCCACACCUUCGGACGCUCAAACAUUUGCUCAUGCAGUGGCAGCCAUUGAAUCAAAUAGUUUUGUCCAAUCAAAUUUCAAAACAUCUCGUGUUAACAAGGUCAAGGUAAGUUGAACAAUGACCUUUGUAUGGCAUCAGCCAAUUAACUACCAAUGGAAAAGAAUUUAGACAAGCAUAUUUUGCAAAGUUAUUCCUUAAUUGAAACUUUGAGGGUCUGUAUACUUUUCAUAUUUCUAUUGCUGUUUACAAUCAGUUGACUUGGAAAGCGCACAAUGAUCUUAACUUCAAUAACUGGAAAACACAAACCUAUCAAAUAUCCUAAGAUUGACUUAUGCCUUAGCCAUAACAUUUCUUAUUAUGUAUUUUUUAAAGAUUUAAAGCACCAAAUUUUCUUGUUUGUUUGAAUUCAUAACAUUUCCGUCUCAGUUUUUAUUUCCUUGUUUAAAAAAAAAUAAUUCAGUAACAUCUUCAUCACUUUUUUUAAGAGCAACCUUAGUUUUGUUUUUCAUGCCAGAAUGACCCCAAAGAGAAUCUGUACGCUAUUCUUCAAAUAACCUGUGCUAUGUAGUUUAUUAUAGGGUAGACUUAAUCCAUGUUACCUGUGAUAUAUUUUAUUUUUGACUAUUUCAAUAUGUUAUCUGUAUGUAACUUUGAUCUACAUUUUAUGAAAGGAUGAACCCGCUGACACACAAGCCAACCAUGACGAUGCUAUUUUCGGAUCACUAACUGUAUCCGGAUUUACCAUCAAGCCAGACUUAGACACCAAGCCCCUGUCGUUUGAUCAAGAAUCUAUCAUACACCCUAGUGUAAGAUUAUUGAUUUGUGCUCCAGAAACUUUCUUUAUACACCUAGCCCCUACUCUCUCGGAAUCUAUCAUACACCACAGUGUAAGAUUAUUGACUUAUAGUCCAGAAACUUUCUUCAUAUACCAAGCCCCUACUCUCUCACUCUCAGAAUCUAUCAUACACCACAGUGUAAGAUUAUUGACUUGCAGUCCAGAAACUUUCUUUAUACACCAAGCCCCUACUCUCUGAAAAUCUAUCAUACAUUCUAAUGUAAACUUUAACACUUAGUUAGUUUCACAGUUUUGAUAAUAAUGAUUUAACUUUGGUUCUUAGAUAUGAGUGAAAUGUUUAAUUUGUUUUGUUUUUUCAGUUGUACUCAGAUCCUGAGGAAAAGAUGGACAAGUGGAUUAUCAGAUUAGCACAGCUUAGACAGAAAAAAUUGGAAGGGGAUGCCAUGCACUGACAGGAAAAAUUAAAACAGCUUAGACAGAAAAAGUUUGAAGGGGAUGAUGUGUAGUGACAGGACAGAUUAGCACAGCAUAGAUGGUUUGAAGAUAUCUUUUGGAACCAAAAAGGUGACCAUAAAGAAGGGUUUAUACUAAUUGUGUAAACUUUGCUGUCAGGCAGAUUGAAUUGGGAUGGGAAAAUAUGUUAGUAUCUAUAAUCUAUGAGCUACACACAUCUUGGAUUUUCUGCAUUUAUUUAAUGUAUAACAAUAUGGGGUGUGAAAUAUAGAGGUUAAAUUGUGGAAAUGUACAUGUUUUCUUUGAUUAAAAAUAACCCAAAAAUAUGUCAUUAUCAG